GCCUGAGCCCUAUUCAGCGCACUCACACUUCUCAAACGAUCUGGAAAACGAGCCUGAGCACGGCACGGAUGUCAUAGUGUGAGUAGGCCCUUAAAUUCACCUCUGGUCAUAUGGAAUGCCUUUCAGGAGGCCCUAGCAGGGUGUGUCUGGUUUUGCUCUGCCUGUAUCUAUUCGUCAAUCUUCCUUCAUUUUGUUAGCAACACCCAUCUUCCAACAAUCCAUUCGGUUCCCAAAGUACAAAAUCAUGCGCUGCCUCGCUUUUUUUCUUCUAAUUUCAAGAGGGGGGAGCAAAGCAUAUUACGCAAUUAAAAAAACAUUUGAAAAAUGUGUGAACAAUAGUUCCUUAAAAGCCUGACAUCUCCACACAGCACACACAUACGUUCUUUGUAUGGUCACAUCAUUGAUAGUACGUGACCCUAAUUUACACGGUUUAGGGGAGAAAUUUGCAAUUCUGGAUUUCUUAACCAGAUUUUCAUGUCUCCAGUCUCUUUCAUGGAAAGCUUCCUAACAUCGCUGCUUCUUUUUUGUCUCUAGAUUACAGCUGCAUAAUGUCUGUCAUGAGACACACUUCCUCUUUUUUACACUACGGUAGCUGCUCGGAACUAGAGAAAACGUCUCUCUUUCUGUUGUCAUUCAAACAGGAAGCUUAGACAAUUUCCAGACAGAAAUGUUUGUGUUGUUUCAACUUUCUGCGUGCUGCUUGUUGUUUUUGAUGGGUUUCUCGGAGGCAGUGAUAUCCUGCUUAAAUGAGGAUGGUCAGCCGGUGGACUGGUUUAUUAUGUACAAACUUCCCAUUUACAAGAUGGAGGUUAAGGGAAGCGGAGUAGACUACAUGUAUCUGGACCCAUCCAUCAUGGAUUUUCAGAUAAGUAAAUAUACAGUCAACAGCAGUACUGGAGCUUUAGGAAGAACAUUGACACAGCUCUACUCUGGCUAUACAUCCAACAGCUCAGUGUAUAUGCUUUACAAUGAUGCUCCACCAGAACUGAAGUACCCAAGCAAGUACGGACAUACAAAAGGGGUGCUGAUGUUCGACCAGGAUCAGGGAUUCUGGCUCACACACAGUGUUCCUCAUUUUCCUCCGUUCCCAGAAAGAAACUACAGCUACCCUCUCACAGGAAAAUACUACGGACAGACUUUGCUCUGCAUUACAUUCAACUAUACACAAUUCCCUCGUAUAUCAUGGCAGUUAGCGUAUCUAAAUCCACGUGUGUAUAAUUGCUCUGUCCCUGUGGCGUUUCGCCCCGAUAUUGGAGAAAUGGCACAAAUUUGUGAUGGAAAGACACCUGCCAUAAAAAACAGGAGGAGUUUGCAAAAGCUGCAGUCAGUUCAAGGACAGACGUUUUUCAGUUUUGCCAAAUCACAGAACUAUGUGGAUGAUAUUUACACAGGCUGGGUUGCUCAAGCACUAGGGACAGAUCUACUGGUGGAAUCAUGGCUUCACCAGGCUCAUCAACUCCCCUCUAACUGCUCCCUACCCUGGCACGUGAUGAACAUUAACGCGGUCUGUCUACCCGGACCUCAGAUGUUCAGAAGCUAUGAGGAUCAUUCUAAGUGGUGUGUGUCUUACACUUUUAAAGACCAGUGGACAUGCCUGGGGGACUUGAACAGAGAUGGUGGUCAGGCUGGCAGAGGUGGAGGGUUAACAUGUUGUCAAAACUCAGUUAUUUAUAAAGCUUUCCGUAAGGCCAUGGCCAGAUAUAAACACUGCUGAAAAAUACAGCACUGAGCAGCUCUGGACAUGUAUUGCUCAAUGCAAGGGAUUUUAACCCCUGGAUGAAAACCUGCAGGUAAUACAGUUUAACAACAAGACAGUGCAGAGUUAAACAUAAAUGAGUACAGCCCA